AUGACUGAUUACAUGGUUGGAACAGAAUCUCAGAAUCUCAGGAUCUCAGAAUCUCAGAAUUUCAUAAUCUCAGAAUCUCAGAAUCUCAGAAUAUCAGAACCUCAGAAUCUCGAACCGCAGAAUCUCAGAAUCUCAGAAUCUCAGAAACUCAGAAUCUCAGAAUCUCAUAAUCUCAGAAUGCCAGAAUCUCAGAAUCUCGGAAUCUCAGAAUCUCAGAAUUUCAAAAUCUCAGAAUUACAAAAUCUCAGAAUCUCAGAAUCUCAGAAUCUCAGAAUCUCAGAAUCUCAGAAUCUCAGAAUCUCAGAAUCUCAGAAUCUCAGAAUCUCAGAAUUACAAAAUCUCAGAAUCUCAGAAUCUCAAAAUCUCAGAAUCUCAGAAUCUCAGAAUCUCAGAAUCUCCGAAUCUCAGAAUCUCAGAAACUCAGAAUCUCAGAAUCUCAGAAUCUCAGAAUCUCAGAAACUCAGAAUCUCAGAAUCUCAGAAUCUCAUAAUCUCAGAAUCUCAGAAUCUCCGAAUCUCAGAAUCUCAGAAACUCAGAAUCUCAGAAUCUCAGAAUCUCAGAAUCUCAGAAUCUCAGAAUCUCAGAAUCUCAGAAUUACAAAAUCUCAGAAUCUCAGAAUCUCAAAAUCUCAGAAUCUCAGAAUCUCAGUAUCUCAGAAUCUCAGAAUAUCAGAAUUUCAGAAUCUCAAAAUCUCAGAAUCUCAAAAUCUCAGAAUCUCAGAAUCUCAGAAUCUCAGAAUCUCAGAAUGUCAAUUUUCAAAGCUUAAAACCGAAAAACUCAAAUUUCACACCUCGAAAAACCUAUAAAACCCAGCAGGAAUCGAACUUCACACCUUUCUGCCCCAAAACUAAGCUUCUUCCCGACUGCGCCACAUUGACACCGUGUGCUGGCGCCACAGCCAACCUAGUAGAUAAAAACCAUCCGUAUCACCGUUUCGUUGUCGUCAUCAUGAAUCUGGUGACGACACGUGGCGGAUUGAUACUCUUGUUGCUUCUGGCAACACUUGCUACACCGGCUAAGGUGGUUGUUAAGGACGUGGAUACGAUAAUCUACGACGAUUAUACGCCAGGUGAGUCUACAGAUUGGGAAAUUCGAAUUUGCUAG